AACACGAAUAAAAUAAAUACACCAUCUCUCUAAUAGGCACCUGGCGGGCGGAAUAACUACACCAUACAUGACUGUCAUUUUAACAAUACCAGCUUAACUGUUGUUACACACUCAUGUUAAAUACGGAAUGUUAUUGGGACGGUUUAAUUUGUUUCUAGUUACUUAUAACCUUUUCGAGUUCUAUGAAUACACGUAUAUAUUGUUAAGGUAAAAUUUUGUUAUGAUUAAAAAGUGACAUUUAAAAAAGUUUAGCGGAAGCUGUCGCAAAGUACCGUAGUGUCAUGCGCAAUGAUACAAGCUCAGGUCGGAAUAUUUCUCAAUUCAAUUGAAAUGAUGGAGGGAGGCAGGUGCGGACGGAGAAAACAGAGGAAUCCGAGAAGGAAAAAUGUGGAGAAUGGAGAUGAAGGGGAGGAAGCAGACGAGGGUACUCUUGACGACAACAAGAACAAAAUAGAACAACCUAACCCUGCCACAACAUCAGUCGAUAACAAUGAAGUUGACUCUUCACAAUGCUACGAGGUCACAGACAAUCGCACAAAGGCCCCUGUGACUACCAGCAAACCAAUUACCCCAGAAGAAAAAGUUGCUGCUAUUCUAAGAGAAAUACACUCAGCAGCCCCAGACUCCACAUCUGAUGGUCAGAAGAUUGGCUCUUCUUCAAUUACAUCACAUACUGCCCCAGACAAACAUCCAAAUAAGCAACAUGAGGAUGCUAAAAUUGCCGAGUUACUCAACCGUGGCGACACUGCUGUCAUAUACCCGGAACCUGUCAGUGACGGUGAAGAGCAUGGCAAUGGUGAUGAUGCAGCAAGUGAAGAGGAGGAGAUUGUCCUCAAGUGUAUGCACUGUCCACAAACAUUCCUCCGAGCCAUAGUCCUUCGUGACCAUAUGAGAGAGAGCCACUCUGAUAAACCACUCAAAUUUAUGUGUCCAAAAUGUGACGAAACAUUCCAUCAGAAAUCCCAGUUAGAUAAGCAUCUAACUCUUCAUUCACCAACCUCACAGAUAUGCACCGUCUGCAACAAAACUUUCGCAAAUGUAUACCGUCUGCAGCGUCACAUGAUCAGUCAUAACGAGAGUACAGAUCUACGCAAGUUUAAGUGUCCUGAAUGUGGCAAGGCAUUCAAAUUUAAACAUCAUCUGAAAGAACAUGUGCGAAUUCACAGUGGAGAAAAACCUUUCGUUUGUAACAAUUGUGGAAAACGGUUUUCACACUCGGGGUCAUUCAGUAGUCACACAACUUCAAAGAAGUGCUGGGGUUUGUCUGCUACUAAUCGUGGAAGAGUUGGCAAUGAUGCUCAACAGGGUAUGAACCAGUCGAGUCAACCUGGUCAAAAGAUGCCAGUGACAUUCCCAAACAACAUGACCCAGUUUUCACGAUCCCCGUUACAAUCUGUACCAGUAACCAUCCAGCAACAGCAGCAGCAGUUCUUAGCUCAUCCAUUUAACCAACAGAAGGCAAUGCCACCUUUCUACUACCCACCACAAAUGUUUGCUACUCCAGAUGGAUUCCUUCAUCCAAUGUACUCAGCACAUCUUCCCACAAGUAUGGCCAUAGCAAAUAUGGCUGGUGUUAAACAUGCAAAUGAACAACCAAGAGAAAGAUCCGCAAAUUCUCCUCACCCCUCCAUGUCAAGUUUGUCGUCUGCUGGAAGAUCCACAAGAAGUAUGUCUCCUCAUAGUCAAUCUACACGUAGUUUCUCGCCUCAUAGUUAUUCAGGAAGAAGUGUUUCCCCAUCUAGUGUAUUCAGCAUGUCCUCACCACCACAUACUCCAUCUCGUAGAAGCACCACCCCUCUCAUACAGCCAAAGAGAGAACAUGUGACUCCUAGCCGUGACUGUCCAUCGAGCAGUAGCCCUGUAUCAGAUCAAAUCUCCCCAGAUGUUAAUUCUAACACAAAACUGCUGAAUAACAAAGAAAGUGACAAAAUAAGUGAACCUGACUCUAACAAAGACUCUGUUGAGAAGGAAACAGAAUCGCAAGAAAGUGUUGAAGCUGAUACAAGUGUGAAAGUAGGUAGUUCAGAAGUGAAGUCUGACAUUACAAUGUCAUGUCAGUACUGUAGUGAAACAUUUGAUAGUCCCGUUUCUCAGCAUCAACAUGAACGAUAUCUGUGUAAACAAAAUAAAGACAUUGUGCACCAUCGUACUGUUUCGGACACAUGUCAGUCCCCGCACAGCACCGUCUCAGAUUUGAGUCAUGUUGAGUCAACAACAAAUGGUAGUGUUGGUAGUGAUGAAGAAGAUGUUGAGGAGAUUUAUAGAGACACUGACAGUGCUGCUGAUGAGAAAAGUAUGAGGAUUCGCACACAGUUUACUGAAGACCAGCAAAAUUACCUUAAAUCUCAGUAUGUUCUUAAUCCCCGCCCUAGAAAAUUUGAACUUAUCAGAAUGGGCAAUAAAAUUGGAUUUUCCAAACGUGUUGUACAAGUUUGGUUUCAGAACAUGCGAGCAAGGGAGAGGAAAUAUGGACGUGAGCCAGCCUUCAAUCUUAGUGCAAUUCGCUUUGAUAUGCAAGAGAGAGAAACUACCAAAUCCCCGACUUACAUUCCAAACGUACCAAAACCGUUCCCAAACUUCAGAAGCAUGAUUCACAUGGGAAAGACAUUACCGACCAAUCAGCAAACUAAACCAUCAACUGGAGAAACUCCCCUUGAUUUAAGUGUGCGUAAAACUCCCCCUUUAGCUCAUGGUGGCAGUCAGUCACGGCAUUCAACUCCCGAGAGCUCACAUGAUAGUGAAGUGUUAAAUCUUAGUAUAAAGAAAGACAGUUCUGAGGAACGUGAACAAUCAGUUGAGAAAGACAAUCCCUCUGAAUCUACUCCCACAGACAUUGAACAAGCAAUAAAUUCAGCAAAAUCCUUCCAAGAUUCUCCAAUUUUCAAAUAUAUGCAGCAAGAAGGAAUGUUUGUGAACAAACAACUUUCGCCCAGUCUUGCCUUGACCAUGCAGAGCCAACUUCUGAAUACUGUCCUCAAAAUGCCAUCUUAUAAACCUAAUGCAGAACUCAAUGUGCCUGAACCAAAUGGUAACCCAAGCAUUCUUUUCGAUGCUGCCAGCAAUGUGUCUCAAUGUAUGACAAGUUCAAACAGUCUUCAUGGUCAGCCACCAGUAUAUACUUUUAGCAUGGCAACACCUGGUAGUCCUUCGAUGGUCCAGAAUCAAGUUUCAACCAGCAGUCGCCUUCACGAAGACACCCACAAUCUCGCAACUCACAACCUCGCUACUCUUGCAGAGGCCGCUCAGCAAGCAGCUGCUACUAUCCUGACAGGCAAACCGAAGCGUAUGCGUAAGAAGACGUGGAGACAGGUAGAUUGCUAUAUGGAAGCAGAAGAGGUUCAGCUAGAUUUUGAUGAUUCUGUAUCAACAGAUGAUGACCAGCCUUCUAAGAAGAAGCGUAAAUGCUGGAAGAAUCACAAGGUUGAUCGUGACGAAGGAACGUAUGGCUGUGAUCAGUGUAACAAGGUGUUCAGCAAACAGUCGUCCCUUGCUCGCCAUAAAUACGAACAUUCAGGUGCACGCCCAUUUGCCUGUGACAAAUGUUCAAAGUCGUUUAAGCAUAAACAUCAUUUGACUGAACACAAAAGACUACAUAGUGGAGAAAAACCGUUCCAAUGCAAAAAAUGUGGUAAAAGAUUCUCUCACUCCGGGUCGUUCUCGCAGCACAUGAACCAUCGAUAUAACUUCUGCUCCCCUAAUAAAACCAGUGACGGUGAUGGAGAACUUAGUUCACAGGAAUCUCCAUAACUUGACAGACUGUACGAAAGAUUGGUGUCUUUAUGUUUGUAACAAUGAAGCAGUCUAUACAAAAGAUUAGUUUCUUUGUGUUAGUAACAAUGAAAUGUUAAGACAGAUUUGGAGCAAGUAUUGAACCUUGCCUCACACCAUAUACUGCUGUUAUUAUAAGAGGGCUAGAAAAAAAAUGAUAUAUUUUUGAAAGCUGAAAAUAUAUGUAGUGCUUAAUGCAUUGAUGUGCUUGAUUUUUAGUGCUGAUUUAAAAACUAGUUUUGAAGUGC